AUGCUCGGCGUCAUAUCCAUGAAACCAACUUCUAUCAUCCCCACGCCGACCUCCCUAGACAUUCUCACGCGCACACCCCCUGUGAACACACUCACCCUCCUUCAGACAGCCACAAUUUAUUUCCAACAGCACUCCAGGUUCCUUUUCAUUGGACUUGCCCCAGCGCGUUUCCUCCCGACUGUAAUCCGGCCAGUUCCUAUUCGCCGCGGUACUUAUACAUUCAAUAGGCAACGCCGGGAAAUGAAAAUAGCCACUUUACAAUUCGCCCCGAAGCUGGGCGACGUCGAGGGUAACAUCCGACGGGCCAACGAACUACUCCAGCAUGGCAAACUGCUCGAAUCAAGGGGUACCGCGGCGGGGAUGGACGCCCUGAGGCCGGAGAUCCUGGUAUUGCCCGAGUUAGCACUGACGGGUGAGUUCAAUAGUUUCGUUUUUGCUUCUUCUUCUUCUUCUUUUUCUUCUUCCGGUGUCCUCUUGACUGAACAUCAGCCAGGGUAUAACUUCCCUUCAUUGGAGGCUAUCAAGCCGUAUUUGGAGCCCACGGGAAAGGGCCCGUCUGCCAACUGGGCACGAGACGUCGCGAAACGCUAUCAGUGUAAGGUGUGCGUGGGGUAUCCGGAACUCGAAACGGCGUCGACAAGCUCAGAUGGUGCGAGCGACGAGCAGGAGAAGUGCUAUAAUUCUCUGCUGGUGGUCGACGAGAGCGGAGAAAUACUUGCGAACUACCGUAAGACGUUCCUGUAUUAUACGGACGAGACGUGGGCGGAAGAAGGCGAUGCGGCGCGCAGCUUUCAGGAGUUGAGCUUCGCGGACCCCGACCACGGUGCUACGGCCUCUUCCAAGGUGGCGACGUCGUUUGGCAUCUGCAUGGACAUCAAUCCCUACCAAUUCAAGGCACCGUUCACGGCUUGGGAAUUUGCGAAUCGGGUGCUCGACUCGAAGACUCAGCUGGUCGUGCUGUCGAUGGCGUGGCUUACCCUGCUAAGCCGGGAGGAGCUGGACGUGCUGGCCGACAAACCGGAUCUAGAUACCUUUAAUUACUGGAUCCAACGAUUCAUCCCUCUAAUCCGACGGAAAAUGAAACACAACUCGGACAUCGACGAGGCCGGCGCUGUCGACUCCGAUCAAGACAAACGGAUCAUUCUGGUCUUCGCCAAUCGAACCGGGGAGGAAGAGGGGGCCGAAGGGGCCAAUCUGGCUCGAUACGCGGGUACCAGCGCCAUUAUCGCCAUCGAUCAGCGCGCGCAGCCUCUUUCGUCGUCGGAGAAAGCUAGUACCGGGGCGGAAAACGCUCCGAAUGGAUCCGACAAGGACGGGGCAAAGGAAGAGACACCGCCGCUCGACGUGAAGAUACAUUGCUGGAAUCUGAUGGGCGCGGCAAGUGAGGGAAUUUGCUUCGCAGACACCCAGGAGGAUCCUAGGAUGAUUUUUGAGUUGGUGAAGAGGGGCGGUUGA